GUGUAGAAUACACAAUUUGCUCCCGCACCGUACCGCUAGCACGACACCCCCGACGGGCGACUGCGGAACGCCCGCACACGACAUUGUAUAGUGUGUGUUGGACUCAGUCGCAGUUUGACGUUGCUACAUAGUGCACGACCGAGCGCCUUUCUAUUUUUCUACAUCAAUAAAAACUUGAUUUAUUCCACAAUGGCCUGCUCAGUAAGUGACUCUCCCUCCCUGAAGGACCUGCCCAAGGUAGCCACUGACCUCAAGAGCCAGCUUGAAGGCUUCAACACAAGCUGCCUCAAAGACGUCGACACAAAUGAAAAGAUCGUGCUGCCGUCUGCUGAAGACGUAGCGAAAGAAAAGCAACACAUGGCUCUCCUACAAGGCGUAGAACAAUUUCAGACAUCCACACUAAGGAAAACGGAGACUGUGGAAAAAAUCGUUCUGCCCAACGCACUAGAUGUUGCCGCUGAGAAAACUCAAAAGUCCCUGUUCGACGGUAUCGAAAAGUUCGACGCCACCAGGUUGAAGCACACAGAAACACAGGAGAAGAACCCACUCCCCGAUAAAGAUGUUGUGGCCGCGGAGAAAGCGCACCAGAACCUCUUGGAGGGCGUCGAGCACUUCGACAAGACACAAAUGAAGCACACCACCACAGAGGAAAAGAACCCCUUGCCACCGAUCGAAGCUAUUGAAGCAGAAAAGGAGAAGAACAAAUUCCUGAACGGCAUCGAGAACUUCGACCCCACCAAGCUGAAGCACACCGAGACGUGCGAGAAGAACCCGCUGCCCACCAAGGACAUCAUCGAGCAGGAGAAAUCCGCCUAAACUAACCACUAUGUUAACCCCCGCAACUAUAUCUUGCUAGUAUCGCUCUAUUUUAAACUCGAUGUAAGUUACUCGUAGGCCGGUUUGCGCUGUCCUUUUCAUAAUCAUUAUUUUUUCACUAAACAUCAAUUCAUUAAUAUUGGAAUUGACGAUUCAAAAUGGACGUUGUGAACAGGUCCCUAUCAUUAGUACGUAGGUGUCAAAUUUUCUAUGUCACUUUAACGGCAUAUGUAUAUUUAAUAAGUGUAUUUUAUGAGCAUUUUAUUAAUUUAAUUUAUAUUGAGAAGGAAUAAUUAAGUGUCUUGAACUGAUUUUGUUAAGUGAGAACACUAAAUUGCACUGUUUUCCUGUCGAGCUUGUGUUCGUUCUGUAUUGUAUAUGAGUACGCGCAAAUUGAGUGUAUGCUAGGUAUUUCUGGUCAAUAAAUUAGCGUUUAAGUUACCAAUAAAAGAUUUGGGCUAAAUUUUAUUUUACUCAUUGGAUUUUAUUUUCUCCGUUGGUAUAAUAUUAUUUGUUAAUAUUAUAUUAGCUUAGAAAUAUGAGAAUAUCAUCGAAACAGUAGUAAUAUUGUAACAAUAAUCUUGCUCAACCAUAUAUGGUAUAAGUAUUGUAUAAUUUAUAAAAGCAAUAGUCGGUUUCGCGUGAAGAAAUGGAUAAACAAUAAAUUUUAUACAUGUCAUUUUAUAACAAUAAACAUUUUUCCAUUUUUAUAAUAUGCUGUCGAUGCCAAUGAAACAUUUUUACCGAAAAUUUGUAUGUUUUACAGACGGUGCUUUUUUAUAAAUAUAGAUCGGAAAA